ACUUUUCAGGUUCUGCUGAUUUUAUCGGGCUGAACAUAUACUUUGGAAUGGUAGCGUCCUUUAAUCGCUUCAAUAACGCAAGUGCAGGAGAUGGGACGAGUAUGUUUCUCGGGCAGCUGGGAGAAGCCAUACCUUUCAUCGACAUAAGCUUGAAUGGAGGUGCACUCGGUGCAUUCACAACGAUUGAACCUCAUGUUAUGCGUAAUGCUCUGCUGUGGACUCACGAGAAGUACAAUAUUUCAAUCGUUAUCACUGAGAACGGAUAUGGAGACAUGCUUGGCUUAGGUGUCCACGACAACCAGCGAGGGGCGUAUCACAGUGCAUUCUUACGAACCUUAGUAUCAACAGUAAACCAAUACAACGUCUCUGUCUUGGCCUACAGCGCUUGGAGCUUGAUUGAUUCCUUUGAAUUUAAAGGUGGUUAUAGCUCCUCAACGAUGUAAGCUAGAGCAAAACGGACGAAAUUUCAUUCCAAGGUCUGUACUUUGACGAGUUACCCUACGGAAACGGUAAAAAAAUAUUUUUCAAUAAAAACAACCUAUUUUGGGGCCUGUUUUUAAUUUUUAGCAGAUGAUACAUCAAUUAAAAACAAGAAGAAAGAAGGCCCAGCCGAAAAUGCUGAAUGCGGUUUCAGCCAAAAUCUAUGAUUACGGCCGUAACUUGGCACGGUUUCGGUCAAAAUUUACGAUUACGGCCGUAAUUUGCUCCGGUUACGGUUAAAAUUUACGAUUACGAUCGUAACCGGAGUCCGAUUACGGUUUACACUUACGGUUACGAAUAAGCUUACGAAUACGACCGUAACCGUAGCUCGUUUACGGUCAGCAGUUACGGUUACGAGUAAUGUAAACGAUUACGAUCGUAACCGGAAAGUAUCAAACUUUGAAACGUCGUAGCGCUUAAACGAAGCUUCGCAGGGAGAAACGGUCAAUGGAAUCGUAAGGGAGUUUGGAAAGAGUCGAUUUUUUAACCCCUGGUUAUCUUGAGAACUGUUAGAGAUACGGCAACGAAAACACCACCACUGUGCUCGGCGUCGAAAGUUUGCAUGGGCGACAUGUGCUCUGGUCUCAUGGGGGCUUCGAGUCACUGCCAAUACGUCAUCACCGUGACCGGGCUGACUAACCGUAAUCGUAUCCGAAGCAGUAAACGUAAUCGUAAUACCGGAACUUUAAUCGUAACCGGCACUUUAAUCGUAACCGAAACUUUAGUCGUAAACGGAACUUUAAUCGUAACCGGAACUUUAAUUUUAACCGGAACUUUAAUCGAAACCGGAACUGGAAAUGGGUCCAAUUUACGAGGGGAGCCUGAACCGUAACCAUAGCCGUAACGGUCACCGGAAUUUUUGGCUGGGGGAAACUGAAAAAAAACCUCAACGAAACGAAUUGGUUUGAUGUUUUCAUCGGCUUUUACUCUCGCAA